AUGCCUCCAGAUGCCUCAUCAUUCACAACCUUAAACCUUCCUCCAACAUUCGCCCUCCCACAAUGCAUGGAAUACUUCACACUACCAGCCGGCCCAAACACAGAUCUAUGGCGCAAACCACCCAACGGCGAUACAUCCACCGCACCCAUCGUCUUCACCUCACUCCGCCAUCCAUUCGUCGUAGCCGAAGUGACAGUCAGCGCAGACUGGGAAAUGGAAUGGGACCAAGGAGGUCUGGUCAUUUUCGCAGGUGCUGCGCCCCAGUCAUUCUCCGAUCCCCCGGCCCUAGCCGCGCGCCGCCUCAACGCCUCGCGUCCACCCUGCAAAUGGGUAAAAGCAGGCAUGGAAUUUUCAUCAGGGGCAGUCAAUGCAUCUUCCGUUAGUGCGACAGCAGAUGGUGCAGAUUGGUGUCUAUCGCCACUUGUGCAAUCUCCUCAAGGCCCUGUGGUGAAUUCACUCCGCAUUAAGCUGGAGCGCAUUGGCCAUGCACUUUGGAUUUGGUAUCAGGUGCCUUCGGGGUCGCCUUAUUCAUUGUCACCUGGUGCUGUUGGAACGACAUGGAAGAAGUUGCGGGAGGUAACAUGGUUCUUUUAUGGGGUGGAAGAUAAGUUUGUGCAUGUGGGUGUUUAUGCUAGUCGACCGACGAGUAUUGGGCGCGGCCAGACAAUGUGGGAUACUAUGCAUGGGGUGUCGAUGGAUAGUACGUCCUCGUCUGGAACGAGUGAUGGGCUGGUUGUGGAAUUUGAAGAUUUGGAGAUCUUCUAG